GCUCUCGGUCCUGCCAGCACUGCCGCGUUGCUUCACAGCUGAAAAUGAAGAGCUUAACGCUGUUUCACGUCUCCUUCAUUGCUGUUUUUGUCUGUGCCAGUGGUUUUCUGUCCCCACCGUGUAACAGUGGAGUUUACUGCACAGGGCCCAUCCUGCAUCAUGUACAAAGUGCCAAACUGUUCGCCGAUGACAAGUACUUUGUUGACAUGAAGCUCAAGGCGUCUCCUGAUGUCGUUUUGUCGGCUUUUCACAACCUUUCCGAAAGGUUUCCUGACACCAUUCCGCCAGUCGAGCUUGAGAACUUCCUCAGUGUGUACUUUGACAAACCAGGGACGGAGUUUGAGGAGUGGACGCCAUCAGACUGGAAAGAAAAGCCGGAGUUCCUCAGUAAAAUCACAGAUCAUAAACUGCGUGACUGGGCAGCCAAGAUCCACGAUCUGUGGAAGCUUCUUGGCAGAAAGAUCCGCAGUGAAGUCCGAGACCACCCGGAGCUCUACUCUCAGAUUUACGCCCCUCAUCCCGUGGUCGUGCCGGGCGGCCGAUUCAGGGAACUCUACUACUGGGACUCCUACUGGGUCAUCAACGGGCUCCUGCUGUCCGAGAUGACGGACACGGCCUACGGGAUGAUUCAGAACUUCCUGCACCUCGUCAACAGAUAUGGCUUUGUUCCAAACGGUGGGCGGAUUUACUAUGAAAGGCGCAGUCAGCCUCCAUUCCUCACUCUAAUGGUGGAGAGCUACUAUCAAGCAACCAAGGAUAAAGAGUUCCUCAGAGCAGCUUUACCGGUUCUGGAGGAGGAGUACCGCUUCUGGAUGCAGAACCGCUCGGUGACUGUCGAAGUCAACGGGACGGAACACGUACUGAACCGGUUUAACGUUGGAGUGGGAUCUCCGAGGCCCGAGUCUUACACAGAUGAUGUGGAAUUAGCCGAAGGACUCCCGGACGACCAGAAAGAGCAGCUGUGGAUAAAUCUGAACUCGGGUGCAGAGUCUGGCUGGGACUUCUCCUCCCGCUGGUACGUGGACGGCGCCGGCCACAACAACGGCACCCUGAGAGACACGCGCACCGGCCACAUCCUGCCCGCCGACCUCAACGCCCUGCUGUGCCGCAACGAGAGGACGCUGGCCUCGUUCCACCGGCUGCUGGGUGACGGUGACUCAGCGGCGCUGUACGAUCGGGCCGCGGCUCGCAGACUGGAGGCGGUGGAGGCCGUGCUGUGGGACGCCGAGAAGGGAGCCUGGUUUGACUACAGCCUGCUGACGCACGCCAAGCACUCCCAGUUCCACCCCUCCAACCUGGCGCCUGUUUGGGCGCAGUGCUAUUCUCGGCCCGAGAUGGGCGAGCAGGCCGUGCAGUAUCUGAAGGGGAGCGGCGCUCUCCGGUUUCCCAACGGAGUCCCGACGUCACUGAGCGACUCCGGGCAGCAGUGGGACUAUCCCAACGCCUGGCCCCCUUUGCAGCACAUGCUCAUCGAAGGGUUAUCCAAGCUUCCCUCUGAGGAUGCGAAGCAGCUCUCAUUUGAUUUGGCCCAGCGCUGGAUCAAGACCAACUGGUUGGCCUACGUCAACUACGGACACAUGUAUGAGAAAUACGACGUGAACGGAGAUGGCAAACCUGGCGGUGGAGGAGAAUAUGAAGUUCAGCUCGGUUUCGGUUGGACCAACGGCGUUGCCCUGCAGCUCCUGGACCAGUAUGGGGCGACGCUCACCUCGGGAAGCUGGGGUGUGUGUCCAGGCUUCCUGCUGCCGCUGCUCCUCUCGGCCGCCGUCAUGCUCCGCUGAAUCAGAGGUGUCAGGAAAACAAAAAACCUGAAGUUUGGGUUUUAUUAUCCAGAGUUUCACUUCACUCAGUCCGCUGUUCAACACCAUGAGACUGAAACCGUAUUGACUGAUGUUAUCAGGAUCGCUCUUAUUUGCAGCACAAAUGGGAUGAAAUCUGCUGCAGCUAUUUAAGUAGUUUUCAUAAUAAUUAUAGAUAUAGUCUGUAAUUCGUGCAUCAACACAACUUAUCUCUGAUUUUGUUGUGACAGUCCAAACAUUUCAGCUUCAGAAUGAACAUUUUUACUGAUUUAACUCAUGAAAUGUGAAAUUAUUUAAGAGCAUUUGCUUCCUUAAACUCCCGAAGACACAUUAAGUUAAUCCACGUCAUAUCCGAUGAGAGUGGUCAUAGAAAAUUCCAUGUCAAAUGUCAGAAUAAAUGAAAAUGCUCCUUUUGAGAAGUUUC